AAUCCCAUCUCACUUCUCCCAUUAGCCCUCAAGAUAGAGAGAAUGUAAAAAAGGUUGCAAUAUAAAAGCAUGACUUUGAUUAAGCAAUAAGCAUGUAUGUAACUGAGAUCUCUUUAAUUUAUUCCUACAUUAUUCUUUUAAUUUUCUUUUAUUCUCUCCAUCAUCAAUUGUACGGUUAAGAAACUCUAUUAAAUCUCUCUCUUGAGUCUUGGCAUGAUUGAUUGUGAUAAAGAGAAAACCGCUGCGGGUAACUUGUUUUCCAAUAAGAAGGGCCUUACUUUCAGUAACAUGAGGAGGACAAGUGAAUGGAUUUUUUCCCAUGAGCUUCCUAGUGAUAUCACUGUUCAAGUUGGAGAAGAUUGCUUUUUGUUACACAAGUUUCCAUUAGUCACCAAGUGUGGAUACAUAAGGAAACUUGUGUCACAAUCAAGUGAGGUUGAUGCUUCCUUCAUUGAAAUCAAUGAUGUCCCUGGUGGAGCAGACGCAUUUGAACUCGCGGCGAAGUUCUGCUACGGCAUAAAUUUCGAAAUAAGUAUCGAAAACAUUGCUAUACUUCACUGUGUGGCAGAGUAUCUUGAGAUGACAGAGGAUAUCUCAAUUGGAAACUUGGCGUCAAGGACUGAAUCUUACUUGAAUGAAGUAGCAUUGGAGACCAUUCCAGGGGCUGUAACGGUCCUGAGUGUGUCGGAAACUUUGUUUCCGGCAGCAGAGAAGGCGAAAUUGGUGAGCCAGUGUGUGGAUGCUAUUGCAUACAUAGCCUGCAAGGAAAGCCAGUUUUGUUCGUCGGCUAAAAGUGAUGGCGGUAGCAAUGAUUGGGUCAUGUCUUCCUCCAUGGAUUCGCGCCUGCGGCCGGUGGUUGAAUGGUGGGCUGAAGAUCUAACGGUUCUAAGAAUUGAUAUUUUCCAGAGAGUCUUACUUGCAAUGCUGGCAAGAGGGUUCAAGCAUCAUGCUAUUGGUCCUAUUCUAAUGUUGUAUGCACAAAAAUCUCUAAGAGGCUUGGAGAUAUUUGGAAAGGGAUGGAAAAAAAUUGAUGAACCAACGGAUGAGCAGGAGAAAAGGAUUGUCGUAGAGACAAUAGUGAAUCUCUUACCAAAUGAGAAGAACGCCAUGUCAGUUAGCUUUCUCGCUAUGCUACUUCGAGCAUCCAUAUAUAUCGGAACAACCGUUUCUUGCAGGCUUGAUCUGGAGAGGAGGAUGGCCCUGCAGUUAGACCAGGCCGUUUUAGAUGAUCUUCUUAUUCCUUCUUAUUCAUAUUCUUCCGACACGUUGUUCGACGUGGAUACGGUGCAGCGGAUCAUGGUGAAUUAUCUGGAGUCUGAGAUGACUGGAGAUUGUUCAAUUUACAAUGGAGAUGAUGAAUACUUUUUGCCUUCCCGGCCAUACCUCGGCCACGUUGGGAAGUUGAUGGAAGGCUACCUUGCUGAAGUAGCCUCAGACAAGAACUUGUUAGUGUCCAAGUUCAUCAGUCUUGCUGAAUUGAUUCCUGAUCAAGAAAGAACAGCUGAAGAUGGAAUGUAUAGAGCCAUUGACAUCUAUCUUAAGGCUCAUCCUACUCUAAGUGAAAUGGAGAGAAAGAAAAUUUGCAGUUUGAUGGACUGCCAGAAACUAUCACGAGAUGCAUGCGCUCACGCCGCGCAAAACAAUCGGCUUCCUGUCCAGACGGUGGUUCAAGUUCUCUACCACGAACAGCAACGCCUUCGGGAAACCAGCGAAGAAUGGGAUCGUUCGUCUGAUUCCAUUAUUAUUCCAACAACAUCCAAUGAAGCAUCCAACUUGAGAAGAGAAAAUGAAGAGCUUCGAGUCGAGGUUGCAAAAUUGAAGAUGAAACUAAAAGAGAUUCAGAAAUUUGCACUUGUAUCAGCAAGUGGUAGUAGUUCUGCAACAAAUUCUAGUGCUUCGCCUUGUUUCUCUGAGAAGCCUCCCCUUCAACGAAAGUCGUUCAUGAGUUCAGUGUCAAAGAAACUUGGUCGCCUUUCGCCGUUAUUUCAACGUGCAGAUUAUAAUUAUGCUGCCACAAUCCCUUCCGAAACGAAAGUAGAUAAGAACAGACGCCAUUCCAUAUCUUGAAGUUAUUGAUUGUUAUUGGACCAAGUUCUUCCUUGGUUUAUUUUCCAAGUCUUGAAUGCUGGUGUAUACUCUUGUUUUGCUUCCUAUGUUUGUGCAUAUGUAGACUAUUCACUAUACAUUGCGAUCAAUUGUGGAAGGUGAAGUUUGUUACUGGUUAAGAAUAGAUUAAGGGAGAAGUAUAUAACGUACAAGAUUCUUAUAGUAUUGCAUCUUCACUAGACCUGAAAUUUCUUUCGCUGUAAAUAAAUGCAACCAAUUCAUGCAUAACCUUUUGAUCACUCAUUAGAAAUCAGUCAAGUGUAUCCUUAGAUACCAUGCUAGCACUCCAGAUCAAGGGAUUCUCUUUCACCUUUCUUCUGACUUGAGAAUUUUCGCAUUUGUAAAUACUGAUUGGGGAUCAGGUAUGGAUGGCAGGUGCUCUACCUCAAGAUACUGUGUCUAUUUUCGAGGCAAUUUGGUUGUUUGGUCCAAUCGCAAGCAACACUCGAUCAGUCGCUCCAGUGCAGAAGCUGUGUUUCAUAGCAUUACUGAUGCCUCUAUAGAAAUAAUUUAGUUGGAAACACUUUUAUCUGAGCUUCAAAUUCAUGUAUCUAGUGUGCCAAUCAUCUAGAUAAUGCAAGUGUAGCUAAAAUUUUAGCUAAUCUCAUCAUGCAUGGCCGAACGAAGCACUUUGAACUUAAUUUGCAUUUUAUCCGGGACAGCAUAAAUUGAAUAUUGUUCAUGUUCUAGGAACAUAUCAGAUUGCAGACAUUUACACAAAGCCUUUAUUUUUUGCUGUCUUUGAUAGAUUCAAGUGUAAACUCAAGGUCAUUCACAAACCUCCCCUUUAGUUUGAGGGAUAACAAGAGAGAUGCAACUAACAAACCAUCUCUAACCAAAUUAGUUAGA